AUGGAGAACGUGAAGCGAGGUAAGCUGAAGCUUAAAAGAGGGGGGAAAAUCAAAUUGGCAUCCAAACGCAAGCAGAAAAAGCAAAGGGAAAAGGAUUUAAAGCGAUGCGAUGUAGAAAAACAUACUAUCGAGCUGCAAACAAGAGCUGGCGUGGAAGUGGAUGACAUGACUCCGGCUCAACGUCGACACGCCGAACACAAAAAGAAGAGGGAACAAGAGGAGAUUGAAAAGAUGGCGUCGAAGACGUACAGAGAGCGCAUUGAAGAGCUUAAUCAGCACCUCGGAAGUCUCACAGAACACCACGACGUGCCCCGAGUCUCGGCUGCUGGCAAUGGCUAA